UCAUCUUAUAUUCAGGUGUGCAGUUUUCCGAGAAUUGACGUGUAUUUUUUUGGAUUUAAAUCCGUGGUGAAAUGCGGAAACCCCAUCGAGUUGUGCUCAGCAUGUGCGCCAAUGUCAUGCUGCUGAAUUUGUUCUCCGCUGACGGCAGGUCUGUGCCUGCUGCCGAUUCCUCGCCGCAGUUAGUCCGAAGAAUGUCCAGCAGAAGCGAAUUCUUUUCGGUGAAGAAUCCUCCUCUCGAACCCGUCAUCGAUAAGGUCCGAGUGGAAACAGGUGUAGUGAAAAUGCUUGAACUCGACGGGCCUUCCCACGGGCCUUGCACUUGCGGAAGUGACCCAUCG